AUGAACAACCCCAUCCACAUCGAGCGCCAGUAUUAUCAGACAGGGGACCUCCUUAUUGGUGCCAUCACUUCUCAGAUCUUCUCUCUUUCCUAUGCUCCUGUUCUUUUUAAGGAGACUCCCCAGGCUGUGCCAAUUGAAGAGCAUUUGAUCGUGCCAAAGAAUUACCAGCACAUUCUAUCCUUGGUAUUUGCUGUGAAAGAGAUCAAUGAAAACCCCAACAUCUUACCCAACCACACUUUGGGGCUCCACGUUUAUGAAAGCUACUUCAAUGCAAGGAUAACAUAUCAGAACACCUUGAACCUUGUCUUCAGUCAGAAUUGGACUGUCCUAAAUUACAAAUGUGGCAGUAAGAACCUGAUAGCAGUUAUAGGGGGGCUCAGCUCUGACAUUACUCUCUACAUGGCCACCAUCUUAGGCAUCUACAAGAUUCCCCAGGUCACUGGCAGCUUCUUUGCUUCAGCGGCAGAUGACAAAAUUCACCUCUCGUCCUUGUACCAGAUGGUCCCCAAUGAAGCCCAUCAGUACACUGGGAUGGUUCAGCUUCUUCUGCAUUUCCAGUGGAAAUGGGUUGGCCUCAUCAUAGUGGGUGAUCAUCAAGGUGAAAAGUUUGUGCAGACUCUGACCCACCUGUUUUCCCAAAAUGGCAUCUGCCCUGCUUUCACUCAAAAACUGGUAACUCAUAGUGAUUUUUUAGACAAAUUCCUUAUGAUGCAAUCCUAUCUGGAUACCUCCAAGUUCUUGACCCACACAGAUGUGAAUGUAUUUGUUAUAAAUGCUGAGACUGAAACAAUAAUAACAAUGCAGUGGGUGUUACUGGCUGCUGAACUGAAUAUGAUGCCAUCGAUUUGCAAUGUGUGGGUGAUGACAGCCGACUGGGAUUUCUCAUCGGAGACGUUUCACAGGUUCUUGGAUGUACAAGUCUUCCAUGGUACUUUAUCCUUUGCCAGUCACUCCAAUGAGCUCCAAGGAUUUCAACGUUUCCUUCAAACCCUGAGACCUUACUCUGACAGAGAUGGCUUUAUCAGAGUCUUCUGGGAACAGGCCUUUGACUGCUUCUUUCCAGAUACUGAUAGCAGUGGGGUGACCAAGAAAAGCUGCACGGGGGAAGAAAAGCUUGAGAGCCUUCCGGGUCCACUAUUUGAAAUGAGCAUGACAGGCCACAGCUACAGUAUCUACAAUGCUGUCUAUGCUGUGGCACAUGCAUUCCAUGCCAUGCAUUCAUCCAGAACCAAACACACGGGAAUGAUUCACCCUUUUCUGAGGAGCGUUUCAUUCAACAACAGUGCUGGGAACACAAUAUCUUUCAAUGAGAAUGGUGAAUUAGUAGAUCGAUUUGAUAUUAUCAACUGGAUCACCUUCCCAAACCAGUCCUUCUUAAGAGUGAAAGUUGGGGAAAUGGAUCCCCAAGCUCUACGAGGCAGGGAGUUUUCCAUUAAUGAGACAAGCAUCAUGUGGCCCAGCAGAUUUCAAAAGGUUGUGCCCAUUGCUCUGUGUAAUGAUAACUGCCUUCCUGGUUACAGCAAGAAAAGGAAAGAGGGGCAACCAUUUUGUUGCUAUGAGUGUGAUCCAUGUCCAGAAGGGAAGAUUUCAAACCAAAAAGAUGCAGAUGACUGUUUCCAGUGCCCAGAAGGUCAAUACCCAAGUGAUGAUAAAAACCGAUGCCUUCCAAAGAUGGUAAACUGCUUGUCUUAUGACGAACUCUUGGGCAUCAGCUUGGCUGUUUUGGCCUUCUCCCUCUCUGGAACCACAACAAUGGUGUUAGCAAUCUUCAUCAAGCAUAGGAACACUCCCAUUGUCAAAGCCAACAAUCGGAAUCUCACGUACACUCUGCUCAUCUCUCUUCUGCUCUGCUUCCUCUGUUCCCUGCUCUUCAUUGGUCAGCCUCAGGUCAUUAUCUGCCUUUUACGCCAACCUGCUUUUGGCAUCAUCUUCUCCGUAGCUAUUUCUUCUGUGUUGGCCAAAACCAUCACAGUGGUUCUGGCUUUUAUGGCUACUAAACCAGGAUCCAGGAUGAGGAAAUGGCUGGGGAAAGGAUUCACAAACUUUGUUGUUUUCUGCUGCUUUUUUACCCAAACUAGUAUUUGUAUAGCAUGGCUUUGUAUUGACCCUCCAUUCCCAGAUAUUGACAUGAACUCUCUGGCAGAAGAAAUCAUAGUAGAAUGCAAUGAAGGCUCAGCCAUCCUGUUUUCCUGUGUUCUGGCAUACAUGGGCUUUCUGGCCUUUGCCAGCUUCAUGGUGGCUUUCUUUGCUAGGAAAUUGCCUGAUACUUUUAAUGAGGCCAAGUUUAUUACCUUCAGCAUGUUGGUGUUUUGUUGUGUGUGGCUGACUUUUGUUCCAACUUAUCUUAGCACCAAAGGGAAAUAUAUGGUAGCCGUGGAAAUCUUCUCUAUCUUGGCAUCCAGUGCUGGAUUGUUGGGUUUCAUAUUUUCCCCCAAACUGUAUAUCAUUGUUUGGAAGCCUGAACUAAACUGCAAGGAGCAGCUAGUAAAGAGUACGAAGCAGAAAGGAGAUAUUUGA